AUGCCCUCCCUCUCGCGUAUCCUGUUCCUUCAACCACUCACCCUCGUCUCCGCCGGUGGCGUUUGCGGUAACAACAACUUUGCCCGCCGCGCCGAGUGCUUCAAGUGCGGUACGGCCCGUCCCGCCGACGCGGGCGCCGGCGGUGGCGGCGGCGGCGGCGGCGGCCGGGAGGAUCGGUAUUGCGGCGGAAGAGACGACAGGGGGGGUGAUCGCUACGGGGGUGGGAGAAGCGACGACAGGGGGGGAGAUCGUUACGGUGGGGGGAGAGGGGACGAUAGGGGCAGGGGCGACGACAGGGGGAGGGGGGAUGACCGCGGGAGAGAUGACAGGGGAAGGUCGGACGAUAGGCGCGGGGGGGAUGACAGGCGCGGCGGGGACUACGGGUCUCGCGGAGGAGACCGCGACGGGGGGCGUGGGGAUGGGGGCCGGGGGGGCGGAGAUUAUGGCGGGCGCGGUGGGGGAGACUAUGCGCGGGACGACAGAGGCGGUGGCGGAGGGGGAGGGGGUUCCGCGGGCGGGGGAUACGGCGGAGGAGGGGGAUAUGGGGAGGACGGCGGGGCGGACAGUGGGGUCGGGGGGGGAGCGCCGGGGGUGAAGCAGUGCGACGAGAAUUGCCCCCCGGAUUGCGACAAUGCGCGGAUUUAUAUUUCCGGUCUGCCCAAGGACGUCACUGUUGACGAGCUGUGCAACCUGUUCGGCGGCAUUGGGAUGAUCGCGCGCAUCAAGCAGAAGCGCGGGUACAAGGACCAGUGGCCGUUCAACGUGAAGCUCUACACGGACGAGAGGGGGCAGAACAAGGGCGACGGCGUGCUCACCUAUGAGGACCCACAGGCCGCCCACAGCGCUGGUGGCUUCUUCAACGGCGUGAAGCUCUACACGGACGAGAGGGGACAGAACAAGGGCGACGGCGUCCUGACCUACGAGGACCCCAGGCCGCCCACAGCGCCGGUGGUUUCCUCAACGGUCACACCCUGCGAGGCAGCACCAUCAAAGUGGGAAUGGCCGAAAAGUCAGCUCCGCGGCCGGGAGGAGGAGGCGGACGAGGAGGGUGAGUGGUGCAGUGGGGUUUGGGGGGGUAUUUGGGGAGGAGAGGAGGACGAGUGGGGGCGAUUGACGUCCUCCCUCGUUCCUCUCUCCUCCCUCUCCCCUCUGUCCUUCCUCACUCCUCUCUCCUCCCUCACUCCUCUCUCCUCCCUCUCUCCUCUCUCCUCCCUCUCUCCUCUCUCCUCCCUCACUCCUUUCCCUCACUCCUUUCCCUCACUCCUUUCCCCCACUCCUUACCCUCACUCCUUUCGCUCACUCCUUCCCUCACUUCCUUCCCUCACUCCUUUCCCUCACUCCUUCCCUCACUCCUUUCCCUCACUCCUUCCCUCACUCCUUUCCUCACUCCUUGCACGUUCCAUUCUCCGCUCCGCAACUCACUCACCCCUCCCCAUGUGUCCUCUGCUGUUUGGAGGCUUCAGGGGAGGGCGAGGGGGGUUCGGGGGAGGGGGAGGCUUCAGAGGGGGAGGGGGGCCGGACCGCAGGGACUUUGACAGGGGGAGGCCGCGCCCCUACUGA